UUAGGGCUUCACCGUUGUUACUUUCCUCACAUAAUCAAUCCUUCGCGUGGGUGAAAUCUAUAUAUAUCAGCGUCUUGAGAAGAUGAUUACCGCUCGGAAUCUUUGUCAGUUUAUCAUAUUCUAAAGCGUAGAAAGUUUCUCAGAGAUGGCCUCCUCCGAUGUUGUUCUCGCGCACUCCGCCUUUGACGCUCUCCAAGUCGGUAGAUCUGCCCAGAUCAUUGUUGAGGACAUCUUUAUCGUAAUAAUAACAUACAGGAAGGCAAGCGUUAGGACCACAAGCCAAGAAACCAAAGCCAAAUCAGCAAGGGAUUUAUGUUUUCCUCUCCUUUUUUUAAGGUUCCUCCGAAACCUAUUGCGAGAAUUCCUGCAGCCUCUACUUCCUCCUUUAGUUUUUGUUGAUGAAGAAGAAGAAUCUACAGAAGGUAGGAGAGAAGAGGAAGAGUGAAACUAACUCAUCAUCGUCAUCACAAGGUCUGCCGCUUAGUGAUGGCCGUGAGAUUAAAAAAGUAGAAACAGAGCUGCUGCUACAGAACCCAUUAAGACAUUUCCCACCCAACAGCUUCCUACGAUGAUAAAUGUUAUCAUCAUCUCUACCAACAACCAUAACAGACACGAUCUUCUGAGUUUGAGAUUUGAGCUUUUGUCUAUAAAGCUCCUUGAAUUCUUUUCCUAUUUUGUGUACUGAGAUCUAUGUAUCAUGCUGAGCUUUCCGUCUGUUCUUGAAACUGAGUUCUUAAAAAUUUAACUGAUUUCAGUUAGUUACUUAAA